CAGCCAUACACUAUGUACCAGCUGCAAGUGCGAGCAGCCAACAUGUGGGAUGGUUUCCUGAUGUGGGGAAACUUCUCACAUGAGGUGGCUGUACAGACUAACAUGACAGCUCCAUCUGGUUUUCCAUCCAGCAUAAGAGCAACACCUCUGGACCCUUUCUCUUUCAGGAUAGAAUGGCAGCCUGUUCCCAUCUCUCAGCAACAUGGGCCAAUCACUGGCUAUAAGCUGACCUACUGGCUGCAAAGCACUGGAAUACAACUGGGUUCCAUCUCAUGUAACAGUUCACAGCAGACUGCUGUCAUCAAAGGUCUCACUCCCUGGACCUUGUUUUUGGUGACACUAGAAGCAGAAAACUCUAAAGGCUUUGGUCCUAAAAGUGAUUUUUUUUCUGUAAAAACUCUUCCUAUGGGUAAGAUUUUCUCAUGCUUAGUCAAGUAAUAAAUACAGUAAUACUAGAUGUUUUUACACAC